AUGGGCGGAUCUAUUCGCUGCGUCUGGUGCCAAGUAUGUUGUACUUACCAGCAAGGUUAUGCUAUGUGGCCAUCAACAUUUUCAUUCAAUUGGAACUCGAUGCAUGUCGGUUCUAAACGAGAUUUAGUUGGAGAAUUAGCCGCAGCUGUUCGAAACCGAACGAAUCUUGUUUUUGGUUUGUACUAUUCUCUCUUCGAAUGGUUCAAUCCAUUGUAUCUACGUGACAAGUCGAAAAAUUUUACCACUCAAGAUUAUUCAAAAACAAAAGCCAUACCUGAAUUGAAAGAAAUGAUUGAAACAUAUAAGCCUGAAAUCGUUUGGUCUGAUGGCGAAUGGGAACCAUACGCUGCCUAUUGGAAUUCAACACAAGUUUUAGCUUGGCUCUACAAUGAAAGUCCGGUGAAAACUACUGUUGUGACCAACGAUCGAUGGGGUCGUGAAACGUCGUGCACACAUGGUGGUUUCUACACUUGUUCGGAUCGUUUUAAUCCAGGACAUUUAAUCGAUCACAAAUGGGAAAAUUGUUUCACAAUUGAUAAACAAUCAUGGGGAUAUCGUCGUACUGCGAACAUUGCCGAUUAUAUGACGAUUGAAGAAGUACUUAGUGAAAUAGUGACAACGGUCAGCACAGGAGGAAAUGCAUUGGUGAACGUAGGUCCUAAUAUGCAUGGAAAAAUUCCGCCGAUAUUUCAAGAACGUCUGCAACAGAUGGGAUUGUGGUUGAAAGCGAAUGGCGAAGGAAUUUAUUUGUCGGUACCAUGGAAAUAUCAAAAUGAUACAAUCAAUUCUGAUGUUUGGUAUACUUCGUCGAAAGAUGGUAGAUAUGUGUACGCUUUCCUUCUUAUCUGGCCGAAGAAUACCACUGAAAUCACAUUGGGUGCUCCGUUAACUUCAGCAAGCACAGUUGUAACAAUUCUCGGUUCAAAUGGUGAUUCUCUUCAAUGGAAAACAGCGAAUGGUGAUCGUGGUAUUGUAAUUGAUACGUCGAAUAUCAAACUUCAUCUACUCGAAAGUCAAUGGGUGUGGACAUUUCGAUUGACAAAUUUAUUAACUGACAAUACUACGUUGCCCACGAUUCAACAAACAACGUCGACUGCACAGUCAACUCCUCGAGGAAAUGCGAACAUCUCUUUUUCUUCUUCUUUCCUGCUGUUCGUGCUUCUUUGUGUUUUUAUUUUAUGUAACAAUGUUAGCAUCAUUUGCCGUACUUGA